UGACUUUGUGUAUGCUUUUACAUUGAAAGCGACGUUGCAUCCUCCCCUGUGCUAAUUUAGCGGCUUUGACGCACCUCCAACAGCACAAGAAGCACUUUGUCUCGGCGGAGGGGGGUGGAGGGACAGUGAAUUGGACUGGCCCGGCUCAUUUGCACCGCAGACCCUGCAGCAGGACAGCGGAGGCCCGGAGGAGGUUACCGAGGAGGGCCGCGGAGAAAAGGGGGAUCUCCAGGUGCACAGGACACGGGGGCCACCCUCGGGGGAUUCGGGAUGCAGCGGGACGCCGGGCUCGGAAGCAGCCCGCUCGAUUCCUCGCAUUUCGCAGGGCUGUAAAUGAUGGUGGUGAUGCACCGAGAGCAGAGAUUCAGCCCGACACACUGCAGCACAUUCCCGCAUGCCGGCAGGGACAGAUGCGAAACUGGAUUUCUAUACCGAUGCUUGAGCCAAACGAGCGGGUAAAGCUAGACCACCUUCCGGCUCCAUUCAUGCUCGUCGGCGGGGAUGCGACGGAGGUUUGCCGCGGACGGAGAGACCAGCUCUGAGGGGAGCCUGCUGCGUUUUACACCACCGCUGUGGAUGGGCAUGCACGGGUUGUUUUGAGCAGACAAGAAGUGGGGGAAAGAUGUUGGUGCGAUGCUACCGGGCCAGACUGUCGGUGUGGGCCGUGCUGUGCGUGCUGGUGCUCUGCUGGUUCUACGUGUACCCCGUUUACAGACUCCCCCGCGAUAAGGACAUAGUGGAAGAGGUGCUGAGGCAGGGGGAGGGAUGGCAGAAGAACCAGACGGGCAUCGAUUUGUACAGGAAGUUGCUAAUGGAAUGCUGUGAUCCGAAGCGGAUGUUUGCAGUGACCAAAGAGAACUCGCCGAUAGGGAAGGUCCUGUGGUACGAUGGCGAGUUUUACCACUCACACACAGUCAACAACGAGACCUACUCGCUCUUUGUGCAGGACAACCCUCUGCAGCUGCCUCUGAAGAAGUGUGCGGUGGUGGGCAACGGCGGCAUCCUCAGGCACAGCAAGUGUGGACGGGACAUCGACCAAGCCGACUUCAUCAUGCGGUGUAACCUUCCACCGCUCUCAAAGGAAUAUGUGGAGGAUGUGGGAACCAGAACACAUCUGGUCACGGCCAACCCCAGCAUCAUAGAGAAAAGAUUUCAGAACCUCCUGUGGUCAAGAAAAGCUUUUGUGGACAGUAUGAAGGUCUACGGCUCGAGCUACAUGUACAUGCCCGCGUUUUCCAUGAAGCCUGGCACCGACCCGUCGCUGCGGGCGUAUUAUGCGCUGGCCGACACCUCCUCCAACCUCACCAUGCUCUUCGCUAACCCCGAAUUCCUGCGCACCGUGGGCAAAUUUUGGAAAGGCCGCGGCGUGCACGCCAAGCGCCUCUCCACGGGGCUCUUCCUGAUCAGCUUGGCCCUGGGGCUGUGCGAGGAAGUGACGGCCUACGGCUUUUGGCCGUUUUCCGUCGGCCUGGAUGAGCAACCGGUCAGCCACCAUUACUACGACAACAUCCUGCCCUAUAAGUGGUUCCACGCCAUGCCGGAGGAGUUUGUGCAGCUUUGGCACCUGCACAAAAGCGGCACGCUGCGCAUGAGGGUGGGACACUGCCCCGCUCAGGCAGGAGGGAGUUAGACCACCUUGAGGAGGGAAGAGAUAGUGGUCGGCUGAUGCUUAGAGGAGGAAGAUGGAGACAUUUGGGUUGUCAAGACGGUGUCAUCGUGAGAUAAAUGAGUGCGCAUAUUUCCUCUGAGGAUCCUCUGUGUGUGUAAACACUCCCGCUGUACCCCCAGCUAAUCCCCAAUUAUCAUGAGAAUGUCCUCCACCCAAAGCAGCCGCAUCAGGGCAAGAAUACACAGAGACACAUGCAGGCACACACAGUGUAAAAUACUCAUACAUUCCUAAAACCAUAGACUGUGUAUAAAGAUGGACGUAGCAUCUGGCUCCAAAAAUGAAGCCCACCCAGAAGUGUCAAAAACUUGCAAUAUCACGCCGUCCGCUAAGGUUGGCUCCAAAUCUUUUGCUCCAUAGACCCCAAUUCAUUUUUGGAAAAAAUAAAAUUUGAUAGACUUGAUUUUCUACAGCUCAGGAUUUUUUCCCCGUUAGUUUUCAUGGUCAAAAUGAGAGAUCAGGUGGCCGAUCUUAAAAUAAAUCAAUACUGAAUUUUAAAUAAAUCGUUAAAUUUGGCGGAGCCAGGGGGCGUGGCUAUACUUGAUAGACAGUCCUGUCUGGAAUGAUUGACAGAUCCUUUAGGGCGAGGCUGUCAGCAGUCUGGCUUCAGUCUGGCCUGCCCAUAGACUGGUCCUGCCCCUAGUUGCUCUCCGGUCCAGCCCGUUUGAUGACGCUUUUUAUGUCACUGGCUCCAAAAAAUCCAAAACGGCGACCAGGAAGUAGCAAAAUCCGAGCUUCAUUUUCUCGGUGUUGAAACCAACGGGUGACGUCACGGUUAGUUCACACCUGCCCAAAAGCUGCCAUAUAGCUACCCUCACGUGUGUGCAUGGAUGUGUGCUUUUAUGGAAGGCAUCACCUGGGACUAAUAAUUGUGAAAGUGUGUUGGGAUGGAUGGGUGGGUGGGGGAUGGAUUUUGAGUGCUGACUACUAUAUCUGACUGACAUAUGGGGCAGCUGGACCAAAACCCCCCUCAGGGUCUUUGUUAAACAGAGACAGAAGGAGUGGAGGACUGGGGGGAAUAAUAAAACGCACUGAAAGACUUGCAAGAUGCAAGAAACGGGGGAGAGAUAAUGGUGUCCUGGGCUUGAAUAGAUGUGAAAUUUAAUGCACGGAGGAAAAAAGAAUGGCAGGGGGAGAAGGGAGUGAAAGCUGGCGGGUAUGUGUAUGAAAGGAUUUUUUUUUUCUCUCUGCUUUUCUUCAAUCAAGCGCUUGAUUGGCAUUCAGUGGUGCCAAAUAGAGCUUCAGUUCAGAGAAGGAGCCAUUAGAAAUGGAGUCUUAAGUACUAUAUCCACGAGAAUGUUUAGCCAAGUUGCAUUUUUAACCCUUUGUUGAAAAGGGAACAUGAGUACACCCGGAGUGUAUUGUUUUUGUUUGCCAAAUGUGAUUUUUUUUUUUUUUUUUUUUUUUUCAGGAAUAAUGUGAAUUUUGUCUUAGGUUCAUCAUCAAGGGAGAAAACGUUACCGACAUACAUGAUCAGAAAAGGACAUUUGCUGCGAAAACACAUGGGUACCUCACCUUUCACAUUGCUGUCACUGAGUGACUCUUUGGUACAAUUCAAUGACUGGCAGGCUCCUUAGAUGAGAAACAGCCUAACCCACUUCUUUCGAGGUUCUGCUGGAAGUCAUUUCUUGGUAACUGUACUAUAACUGUAACUGUACUCAUCAAGUGCCGAGCCAAGGGAACAGGGGUCUCUUAAAAGGAGGUCUUGCGCUGCUCUUGUGCUCUGAGAUGACAAGACACUGAUAUAAACUGAGACGGUGACAAAAAAAAAAAAAAAAGAGGACUCCAUGUCACAAAGUGGCAUUUUAAUUUUUUCUUUUGUUUGUUUUUAGAUGCAGAACACCUUAUAGGGUUAAAUUGUGAUUUAUUCAUGUAAUUAUUGUUAUCACUUUGCAUCAGAGCACAGGAGUAACUGAGCCUCUGUCCUAUGCUCCAUUUAAAGUUUUUUUUUGUUUAUUUUGUAUUUUUAUUUGCACAAGGGAAAAAUAACUUGCUCAUGUAGAAGCCAAGGGAACAGGUCGAUGUUUUUUUUUUAUACUUGCAGACCUCGCAGCGGGAAAACAAUGUACUUGAUUUGAUUUCUUAAAAAUGUUAAUUAAGAGUGAUACUUGUGACCGUGCCAUACUGUCGAUAACAAAGAACGACUCUGCAUGGAAAGUGCAUGGAGUGUACCACAAUCCUUAAAAAUACUCCUCAGACUCAAGGUACAGAACAUGUUUAUAGCUUAGUGCUUUAUGGUCUUAUCUACUCUGUUAAACUGAACAAGGUCCAGUGCCUUUAUGAUGCAUUAAGGCAGAAAGAAUCAUUGAAACGAGGGACAUUUCUAAUGAUGAUCAUGUGCGUUUGAUUUUCUUGGCUCGUCUUCGGAUCACUCGUCAAUAACAUCAAUAAUCCCUGACAUGUAAAAUUAACUUAAAGUGAACACACAGCUGGGCCAAGCUAUAAAGUGAAAUUAAAUCGAGUGCACAUGAGGCUCUUCAAGACUGGGAACUGAACUUUCUGAACACUUCAGCUUUAUUAUUAUUAUCCCGUGGGAAAUUUGUUUUUCAGCAGCAGGCAGUACAAGAUAAACCAUAAAACAUAAGACAUACAGACAUUAAGAAUGAAGACCAAUUCAUUUUACUACUUCUACUUUCUCUUGUGAGGUUUCUUAAUUGCACCUUGGUUUUUCCUGUUUUGUCUCCGGCCCAGUAUUGUGAAUGAGUGAGAUGUGACAUAGUGUGAAUUUUCAGUAAGCAUGACGGUUUUUAAAUGUGUAUGUGCUUUUGGUACACAGAUUUUUUAAUAUAUUUUCAUUAUGUUCUGAUCCGUGCCCUCAUUCCAUGCUAUCUGAGUGUUCGGCUGAGAUCUCUCGUGGAAAAGGAAGCGAAUCUGUGAUGUAAAUAUUGGUCCAUUAAGCAAAAACGACCAGUUAGUUUUAGAUCUGCAUUUAAAAGUUGUUCAGAAGCUACUUCACUGAGCUCAAGUUGAAGCUCACAUAUCGUCUACAUCCUGCAGCAUUUAAAACUCUUGACGUCUUUGAUUUUCUGUUAUUGAUACAGCGCAGAAGAACAUAAAAUAGCAACGUUGUUACCAUCAGCACCAAGGGCAGCAUAUCGUUUAUACAUUUUUAUUCGCAUUCCACUCACAGGUUUUAUAUCAAGUCAGGAAAUAUGCAGAUUUGUUUUCUUUCUCUUGUGUAUGUGGAUUAAAUUUGAAGCUCCGACAAGCGGACAAACUGCGCAGCUUAGCGUCCAGCUACAAGCCUCCCCUCAAAACCCACAUCUUGCCAAUUUUACACUUAAUACAUCAUAGACAAAAAAGAUAUUUUUUCGAACAACCACACUAGCAGCCCUGGAGGGUCAGGUUACCUGUUUUCAGCUAAGCUAACUUGCUUCCAGCUGUAGCUUCACAUUUAGGAUAUGAGAGCGAUAGUACUAUUUACACACGUGGACAAAAUUGUUGGUACCCCUCAGUUAAAGAAGGAAAAACCCACAAUUCUCACUGAAAUCACUUGAAACUCACAAAAGUAACAAUAAAUAAAAAUUUAUUGAAAAUUAAAUAAUCAAAAACAGCCAUUACUUUUGAAUUGUUGAUUAACAUAAUUAUUAAAAAAAACAAACUAAUGAAACAGGCCUGGACAAAAAUGAUGGUACCUCUAUAAAAGAUUGAAAACUAUUUGACCAGAGUGACAUGAUUAACUCAGGUGUGUCAUUUAAUUGACAUCACAGGUGUUUCCAAACUCAUAAUCAGUCAGUCUGCCUAUUUAAAGGGAGACAAGUAGUCACCCUGCUGUUUGGUGAAAAGGUGUGUACCACACUGAACAUGGACAACAGAAAGCGAAGGAGAGAAUUGUCCCAGGACAUCCGAAAAAAAAUUAUAGACAAACAUCUUAAAGGUAAAGGCUAUAAGAUCAUCUCUAAACAGCUUGAAGUUCCUGUGACAACAGUGGCUCAUAUUAUUCAGAAGUUCAAGACCCACGGGACAGUAGCCAACCUCCCUGGACGUGGCCGCAAGAGGAAAAUUGAUGACAAAUUGAAGAGACGGAUCGUUGGAAUUGUAUCCAAAGAGCCCAGAGCAACCUCCAAAGAAAUUAAAGGUGAACUCCAAGGCCAAGGUACAUCAGUGUCAGAUCGCACCAUUCGUCAUUGUUUGAGCCAAAGUGGACUUCAUGGGAGACGACCAAGGAGGACACCACUGUUGAAAAAAACUCAUAAAAAAGCCAGACUGGAAUUUGCAAAAAUGCAUGUUGACAAGCCACAAAGCUUCUGGGAGAAUGUCCUUUGGACAGAUGAGACCAAACUGGAGCUUUUUGGUAAGGCACAUCAACUCUAUGUUCAUAGACUCAAAAACCAAGCAUACGAAGAAAAGAACACUGUCCCUACGGUGAAACAUGGAGGAGGCUCAGUAAUGUUUUGGGGCUGCUUUGCUGCAUCUGGCACAGGGUGUCUUGAAAGUGUGCAAGGUACGAUGAAAUCUGAAGACUAUCAAGGCAUUCUGGAGAGAAAUGUGCUGCCUAGUGUCAGAAAGCUUGGUCUCAGUCGCAGGUCAUGGGUCUUCCAACAGGACAACGAUCCAAAACACACAGCCAAAAACACCCAAGAAUGGCUGAGAGAAAAGCGUUGGACUAUUCUAAAGUGGCCUUCUAUGAGCCCAGAUCUGAAUCCCAUUGAACAUAUGUGGAAGGAGCUGAAACAUGCCAUUUGGAGAAGACACCCAUCAAACCUGAGACAACUGGAGCUGUUUGCUCAUGAGGAGUGGGCCAAAAUACCUGUUGACAGCUGCAGAACGCUCAUUGACAAAUACAGAAAUCGUUUAAUUGCAGUGAUUGCCUCAAAAGGUUGUGCAACAAAAUAUUAAGUUAUGGGUACCAUCAUUUUUGUCCAGCCCUAUUUCAUUAGUUUGUUUUUUUAAAUAAUUAUGUUAAUCAACAAUUCAAAAGUGAUGGCUGAUUUUGAUUAUUUAAUUUUCAAUAAAUUUUUAUUUCUUGUUACUUUUGUGAGUUUCAAGUGAUUUCAGUGAGAAUUGUGGGUUUUUCCUUCUUUAACUGAGGGGUACCAACAAUUUUGUCCACGUGUGUACUAUUUAUUUGAAGAUGCCAGCGGAAAGCAAGAAAGAGAAAUGAAACUAGAGCAUGGCUUAGACACAAUAGCAGCAUUGUCGUCUGCUAUCUUUCCUGUCUCUGGCCAACUUCUCAUAUUUGUCAGUGUGCAGUAUGUGCUACCAAUUGGUUAGAUUCUUGUCAUGGAAAGGUCACAUGUUCCAUCACCAUAGCGGCCACAUGAUCAGCUUGCAAAUGUCACACUGCUGUGCGAAUACAAAGUGAAACCUGCCACUGUGUGUGUGUCAAACUAUUAGCUCUGUAACCUCCUGAUGAUCAUGUCUUAUACUUUCCAGUCCUGGUAGCAGGAAAACAACCAGUUGCUCAUGUUUAUGUCAGACUGCAGAGUCCCAAAUGUAGAUGUAAUUGCUUCAAGCCAAGUGGUUCUGAUUGUGUGUCCUUACCUAAAGUGUGUGAGGGCAAACUGUGUCUGAAAUAAUAUGAUCAGCUUAAUAUGUGGUGGGUCAAAUACCAUGAGAAAUGAAUUUGUUUUAAUCUGAUGAAACUUUUUAAUGUUUUGACGGAAAGUAUUUUCAAGUUAAUGCCACUAUGUGUUGGAUUCUUUGUGAAUUUAGCAUCUUUCAGAUUCUUCUAAUCACACUUGUGUGUUGCUUUCAGCCUAUUAUUAGAAGGAGAGUGGCAUAAAUUUUACUUUAUUGAUGUGUUUUCAAAUUCACAACGCAUAGUGGCUUUAAAUCCCAAACAAAUAGUGAAGGAUCAAGUUUAUUUUAUGUUAAACUAUUCAUUGGUUAAACACAUCUUUAGUUGUAAAUCAUGUUAAAACAAAUAAUCGAGUGUAAAUACAGUUUGACCCAAGUUGGAUGAAUACGGGUCCAGAGGACUCAACUUUCCUACAUGUUUGAAUAUUUAAUGUUAUGCCAAGCUUUUUGUUUUAAACAUGUAAAUGUUUUUAUUUGCCUUUACUGACUGAAUUUGAUACAAAAAGAUGAAGGAAAAAAGCAACUUUUUGAAGGUAUUGCGCUUUGCGCCACUCCAACUUCCACCUCCUUUGCUCAUUCAAAUCAUCAGAUGUGAACAACCCUGCCUGAGCAUGUUAAAAAUAAAUCAGAACUGCUGUUUAAAGUAAACCAGUAGUAUCUGCUGCCUGGAUCAAACUGUGAAGGGUAAAUAAGAAAAAAAUGAAUGAAACAACCAUAUCCAUAUACAAGAUGAACACUGGAAUCCAAUUAAAAAGAAAAGAAAAAUAAAACAUUUUCACCCGUGUGGUUUUCUUUAA